AUGGCCAAGGACGUCUUCUCAGUCCCCGUCUUCCUCGUCGUCUUCCGAGAGACGCUGGAGACGGUCAUCAUCGUCUCUGUCCUGCUCGCCUUUCUGAAGCAGACGCUUGACGGCCCCAAUGCCGACCGCAAAGUAUACAAGAAACUGCGGGCGCAGAUUUGGAUUGGCGUCGCAACUGGCUUCCUGCUAUGCAUGAUCAUCGCCGCCGCUCUCAUCGGCGUCUUCUACACCGUCGGCUCAAACACCUGGGACAAGAGCGAGCAGUACUACGAGGGCGCCUUUUCCCUCGUCGCCUCCAUCAUCAUCACCAUCAUGGGCGCCGCGCUGCUCCGUAUCGGUAAGAUGCAAGACAAGUGGCGCGUCAAGCUUGCCAAGGCCAUUGAGUCGCCCAUCAAAUUCAACUCGGAUCGCGGAUGGAUUUCUCAGGCAUUGGAGAAAUACGCCAUGUUUUUCCUGCCCUUCAUCACCGUCCUGCGUGAGGGUAUCGAGGCGGUUGUGUUUAUUGCCGGUGUGACCUUCUCGGCUCCGGCGUACGCUGUGCCUCUUCCCGUCGUCAUUGGCCUCCUUGUUGGUAUUGUCGUCGGAUAUCUCCUGUACAAGGGAGGUUCAUCAACCAAGCUGCAGUACUUCCUUGUCGCGUCCACUUGCUUGCUGUAUCUCGUCGGUGCCGGUCUGUUCUCGCGAGCCGUCUGGUCCCUUGAACAGGGAAAGUGGAACAAGAUUGUCGGCAGCGACGCCUCCGAGCUUGGCUCCGGCCCUGGAUCAUACGACAUUGACAAGGUUGUGUGGCAUGUCAACUGCUGCAACCCCAAUGUGCCCAACAAUGGCGGCUGGGGCAUCUUCCAGGCCAUCCUUGGCUGGACCAAUUCUGCCACCUACGGCUCCGUCAUUUCAUACAACCUCUACUGGGUAUUCGUCAUGGCCUCGUUUAUUCUCAUCAGGUUCCACGAGACCAAGGGACGAUGGCCCUUCCAGAAGGCCAAGCCCGCUGUGCCAUUUGACUCAGAGGCCCGCAGCGGAAGUGAGAGCAACGAUGGCGUUGUCGAGUCCAAGAACGUCAAUGUGUCGGAGAAGACUACAACUCUCAACUAA